CUUCUUUUUUCUUCCUUGCAUCACCCCCACAUUUCCUUCUUCUUCUUCUCCUUAUUCUUCAUCUUCAUCAACUUCUACGCCCUUUUUCUGUGUUUGUCCUUCUCCUAGUUUUCUGAUCUCUCUCUCCCACCAUGGCUGCCGAGAAAGAGAGAGACACACAGGUUUACUUGGCCAAACUUGCUGAGCAGGCCGAGAGAUACGAAGAAAUGGUUGAGUGUAUGAAGAAAGUUGCAAAACUUGAUCUUGAUCUAACUGUGGAAGAAAGGAACCUCCUCUCAGUGGGAUACAAAAAUGUCAUUGGUGCACGGAGGGCCUCCUGGCGCAUCAUGUCCUCAAUUGAGCAGAAGGAAGAGGCUAAGGGUAAUGAGCACAAUGUCAAACUGAUCAAGGGCUACCGCCAAAAAGUUGAGGAGGAGCUCUCCAAAAUUUGUGGUGACAUUCUGACUAUUAUAGACAAGCACCUGGUUCCUUCUUCUGGAUCAGCAGAAGCUAGUGUUUUCUACUAUAAGAUGAAAGGUGAUUAUUUCCGGUACCUUGCUGAGUUCAAGACUGACCAAGAAAGAAAAGAUGCAGCUGAGCAGUCACUUAAAGGAUAUGAGGCUGCUUCAGCCACUGCAAACACUGAUCUUCCAUCAACACAUCCAAUUCGUCUUGGACUUGCCCUCAAUUUCUCAGUCUUUUACUAUGAGAUAAUGAACUCUCCUGAAAGGGCCUGCCAUUUGGCCAAACAAGCUUUUGAUGAGGCAAUUGCGGAAUUGGACACCCUGAGUGAAGAGUCAUACAAGGACAGCACCUUGAUCAUGCAGCUGUUGAGAGACAACCUGACACUCUGGACCUCUGAUUUGCCAGAGGAUGGAGGUGAGGACAACAUAAAAGCUGAAGAAGUCAAACCUACCGAGCCUGAGCAUUGACCAUGAUUCGAUAGUCAGAUGUCUAAGGUGUCAACAAGGGCGUUUUUCAGCUUUUCUUGCAAUGGAUUUGGACCAGACAACAGGGCCAUUUUCUCCAUUACCAAAGCCAGAAGAUCUGUGCCUUUCAUUUAUUUACUUCAAACCUUUUCUUUUUGAUGUCUUAUCUGUUUUAAGUAAAGUGAUCAGUUGAAGCAAAUGAACAAUUUAAAUUUACCCUUAUAAGCA